AUGCGCGUGCUUGAGGAAAAAAACGCUUUUAUGAGCGACUACGAAACUUUGCAGUUCCUCAUAUCAUUACAGAAUCAACACCGAUGGACCUCUGGAUCAAAAUCAGACAGGAAACACAACAAACCAUACUACCAUCCAGAACUGCAAACGAUAACCAGAGACACGGUAAGGUACAUAACACAGCGUUCCACUACAGCAGAAGACCCAGAAGAACCAGAAACGUCGGACAAGACCGUACCCAAUAACGCCAACAAAUCCACACUGCUGAACCUAACUACAGACCAAUUCUCAACACUAAUGCAAGAAUUAAAUGCUUUCCCACUAUACAAAGCAGAAAAACUACAAAUAGUGAACCAAUUACCAACAAACUUGGUCCAUUUGUAUAGCAUAGUCGAAGAGUGCGAAUCAAGACUUGACGAAGGUCAGGUGACCUCGCUUCUCGAAUGCAUCUCCCGCACGUGCCUCUAA